CUUCUCUCUCUGCUUGCGGGCUGAAAACGUAAUACGAAUAGUAUAAUGAUGACGGAUGAGGCCAACCGGGAUGGUGACGACGAAGUGGUCGCCGGCAACGCAGGAGGCAUGGGCGGCGAGCCGGCGGUGUUCCAGGGGACGGAUUACUCCCUUCUUCAGACCAUCGUCGCCCUCAUCCUCUGGCUCGGCGCCAUCCACUUGAACGUCGCCCUGGUCCUCGUCGCCCUCCUCUUUCUCCCCGCUCGCCUCGCCGCCGCGGUUUUUGGGUUUCUCCUCUUCUUCAUGGUGAUUCCUCUCAAUGAUAGGAAUAGAUUGGGGCGCAGAUUGUCAAGGUAUAUUUGCAAAUCUGCGUGUGGGUAUUUUCCCAUCACCCUUCAUGUGGAGGACAUCACGGCAUUCGAUUCAGACCAAGCAUACGUGUUUGGUUACGAGCCGCACUCAGUGUUACCCAUAGCUCUUUGUGCUCUUGCCGACCAUGCAGGAUUCAUGCCGCUGCCCAAGAUCAAGGUUCUCGCGAGCAGUGCUGUCUUCUACACCCCCUUUCUGAGGCAGAUUUGGACAUGGAUGGGAUUAAUUCCUGCAUCAAGAAAGAACUUUUAUGAGUAUUUAGAAGCUGGGUACAGUUGCAUCAUCGUGCCUGGUGGUGUGCAGGAGACAUUUCAUUUGAACCGCGACACUGAGGUUGCUUUCCUUAAAACAAGAAAAGGAUUUGUGCGAAUUGCCAUGGAGACAGGCCGACCUAUAGUACCUGUGUUCUGCUUUGGUCAGAGUUAUGUUUACCAGUGGUGGAAGCCCGGUGGGAAUUUAUUUGUUCAGAUCGCUCGAGUGGUAAAGUUUACUCCGAUAGUCUUCUGGGGAAGAUUUGGAACCCCUAUACCAUUUCGGCAUCCAUUGCAUGUCGUGGUUGGAAGGCCCAUUGAGUUGAUGAAAAAUCAGGAACCCAGUGCAGAUGAGGUCAACGAGGUUCACGCUCAGUUUGUUGAUGCCCUCCAAGAGCUCUUCGAGAAGUACAAGAGCAGAUUUGGUUACCCCGAUCUCCAACUCAGAAUUCUAUGACAUAUGCAUCUUGCUUGCCUUGGAUCACACCUGUGGUUGGUGAACCUGAAAUUGAUCUUUAGAGAAAGUGACAGCCUGAUAUCACAUUAGUAUCAUACUAUAUGUUGUGAUGCUCAGAUAUUAUUUUAUACUUUGGUUCUCAAGGGUAACAGAACAGGAUGGAUGGGUUUGAAGAUUGGAUGUAACACAGUCGUGGUGGUCAAUUGUAUAAAAUGCCGAGACUAGAGCGGUCUUACCGAGUAUAAAAAUAAAGGUUUAUAAUGGAAAGUUUAUUA